CAGAUCCAAGCUAUUGAAAACCCUAGAGAACUAGGUUCAUGCUGUGCACGAUCUAGCCGUACUUACUUUCUCUUCCUCUCUGGUAACAGGAACAAGUUGCGACAGCUCUCCCCGCGAGAGGCGCAGGCGACUGUACCGUGAAUAAAGGCCUAUCGUAAAGAAGCUCUCUCUACAGGCACGUACUAAGAUUACCGGGUGACGUCGGACUUGCCCGCUUUUAGAGGAGCCGAAGUCUCGCUUUCGGACGGAGAGAGACGGAUGAGGGCGGGGCGGAGGAAAAGAAAAACAGGAUUAGCAGCCAUUAGGAUCUCCGUGGGAGUUACGAAGAAUGACUUUGGAGUCCAUCAUGGCGUGCUGCCUGAGCGAGGAAGCCAAGGAAGCCCGGCGGAUCAACGACGAGAUCGAGCGGCAGCUGCGCCGGGACAAGCGGGACGCCCGCCGGGAGCUGAAGCUGCUUCUGCUGGGCACAGGAGAGAGUGGCAAAAGCACAUUCAUCAAACAGAUGAGAAUCAUCCACGGAUCAGGUUACUCUGAUGAAGACAAAAGGGGCUUUACAAAAUUGGUGUACCAGAAUAUAUUUACAGCAAUGCAGGCCAUGAUCAGAGCCAUGGAUACCCUCAAAAUACCAUACAAAUAUGAACAUAAUAAGGUUCAUGCACAGUUAGUUCGAGAAGUCGAUGUAGAAAAGGUGUCAACUUUUGGGAACCCCUAUGUAGAUGCAAUAAGAAGUUUAUGGAAUGACCCUGGAAUUCAGGAAUGUUAUGACAGACGACGGGAAUAUCAGUUAUCAGAUUCAACUAAGUAUUAUCUUAACGAUUUGGACCGCAUAGCAGAUUCAACCUACCUGCCAACUCAGCAAGAUGUGCUUAGAGUUCGAGUCCCAACAACAGGGAUCAUUGAAUAUCCAUUCGACUUACAAAGCGUCAUUUUCAGAAUGGUGGAUGUAGGAGGCCAACGAUCAGAAAGAAGAAAAUGGAUACAUUGCUUUGAAAAUGUCACAUCUAUCAUGUUCCUAGUAGCCCUUAGUGAAUAUGAUCAAGUGCUUGUGGAGUCAGACAAUGAGAAUCGAAUGGAAGAAAGCAAAGCACUCUUUAGAACAAUUAUUACAUAUCCAUGGUUCCAGAAUUCUUCAGUUAUUCUGUUCUUAAAUAAAAAAGAUCUCUUAGAGGAGAAAAUUUUGUACUCCCAUCUAGUUGAUUAUUUCCCAGAGUAUGAUGGACCACAACGGGAUGCACAAGCAGCACGAGAGUUCAUCUUGAAGAUGUUUGUAGACCUGAAUCCAGACAGUGACAAAAUUAUCUACUCCCACUUCACAUGUGCUACAGACACAGAGAAUAUACGCUUCGUCUUUGCUGCUGUCAAGGAUACUAUCCUACAGUUAAACCUGAAGGAGUACAACCUGGUUUAACUGUGCCAGGGAGGCCCUGCAAGAUCACCUUUACGUGACUGAAGAUACAGAAGAGGGACUGUAUUAUCUGUGAAAACAAUUUGCAUAAUACUAAUUUAUUGCUGAAGUUAUAUUCACUCUGAAUAUCCACAGAGUUUGUAGUUAAUAUUAUGUUUUUAUUUAAACUAUAUGGAGAAAAAACAAAAGAUGCUGAACUACAUUCACAGCACAUUUCCUUAUCUUUUAGGCAAAGCCUCAUGACUCAAUGCGUUUUAAAUUCUCAGUCAUACUCGCACAAAGGAUAAAGUUUUUUUGAUACUGAAACAAAGUCAAUCCGGUUUCCUCUUUCCCUGACCGUUUCUCUCUCCUUCCUUCCCUUCCCACUUUAUGUUUCUAAAGGUAUAAUGGCCUUUUUUCCCAGUUGCAUUUCUUGGUAAAAUAUUUUCUAUUGAGUGAUUUGGUCAGAAAAAAUGUUAUCAUCAAUAUUUAAAAUAUCAGUUAUUCUAAUUUUACAAAAUGUACUUUUUCUGAAGGAUCAAAAGUAUUGGUAGUAUGACUUCUAAAUUCUUGACAUGGGUGUUUUCAUUCUGUCUUCACUUCUGAGGCUAGAAUAUUGGGAUUGCAAAAUAGAAUUACAGAUGUGUAUGGAUGUAAAAUUUAACCAUGUUUUCACAGUUCAGAAAGAUUCACAGAAGACAGUAAUGAAAUACCUAACACAAACCUAGGAUGUACAUGGAAUAUCACAGAAUCUCUUUUUAAUUGACAUGUGCCGUUUUUUUCUCUUUUCUUUAUUCACAGAUGUCAAACAGAAAUGUCACGAACACUACAUUUUUCCCAGUAGCUACAGACUGAAACAGUGUGGGUUGUGGUUUUUUCAGUUGUGUGGUUUUUUUCUUAAGUUACAGCUUUUUAAAAUUUGUUUUUCCACAUUAGAUUUUAUAUAUAUAUAUAUAUAUAUAUAUAUAUAUAUAAAAUUAAUCUUGCCAAAUCUGUCUUUUUAUAAAACUGAUGUUUUGAAAUAUAAGAUAUUGAAUGAAAUACCAAAGUGAUGGAUUGGGAACUGACCUGAUUGAGUCAACUGCCAAAUGAUAAACAAACAGUUUCAGUUCCUACAAUCCCAUUUUAGAAAGUGUUCCAUUUUCUAUUGCCAAAAACAACAGUGUGAAUGAAUAUGAUAAUAGAUACAUGUGUAUAAAAAACAGUUUAACUCCUUAUGUCAGAGUUGACAUGAGACUGCAUACAACAUGUUCUGUAAUAAUAUCAAGGCAUCUUUAGUUUUACAACAUGAAAUGCUUGUUCACUGGUUGCUUGUUCACUGAAUCACAGACAUUUGAUAGGCUUAAUAUAAAAGCCUUGAUAUUCUUUAGAAAGAGCUAUGAAUAUAAAUGAAACAUUGAGAAAAUCACUCUAUAAAUUUAAACGUGCCAUUUUUUAACAACAAAAAUGCAGCACUCAUUGAUGAGUCUUUAUUCUACAGCUUAAGUUGAAAGAAGGUGCUUUUUGACCAGGUGCAUUAUUGCUGGCAAGCUACAGAGGACUCAGAUAUGUAAUUGGAUUGUCUGCAAUGCCAAGUAGCACUAGAGUGCACUUAACACAGAAAUUGCUGCCUCUCAGCAGUGUAGGGGAAGUGGAAAAAAGAAUGGCUUAUUAGUUGAGUAACAAAGUUAACAAUAAAGACUAAUGAAUUGUUUUUCAUCCUUAACCCUCCCAGCUCCAAAACAACAAUAAGAACAGCUGAUACUUCUUUCUCCCUUAUAAAACAUCUUAUAAUUAAAAUCUGGUUGUACAUAUAUAUAUAUAUAUGGCAGCAUCCAUGUUAUCUUUGUAAUUAUUAAUUUUUGGCAAAUUGAAUGUGCUGUGUUGAUAUGUAUCUAUGUAAUUGUACUGUAUGUCAUAGCUAAUUCACAUUUUAAAUAAUGCUAUUUUAUUUACUUUUUAAGAGAAAAUAAUGUAAAUUUUGUCAGUUUAUUUCUGACUAGGGACUUGUUUUUAUUUAAAUAUAUAUAUAUAUAGUACAGAGUGGUACUGGCAUCGUACUGUAUAAAAUUAUUUGUACAUUCCCGAGUAGAAAUAAAUUGUAUACAUGCAAAGGACAUUGACAUUCAAAACAAUGCUUAAAUCUUGUGAGGGCUUUAUACAAAUGUAGAAACCAGUUUUGUUGGAAGAACAUAUGCCAUUAUAUCUAGGAUUGGAAAAUAAGCUCUUAAAUAUGAAUUUGUAUUUGGCAGAGUCAACUUUGAUUAAUUUUACCUUUCUAAUGGCCUUUAUUAGAAAAGUUAAUUUAGAGACAUUUCAAACCAGUGAACAUAAGUACUAAUGGGCAUAUGCUAUUUCCCUAAAAAUAAUCAUGAAAAAAUACAGAACAUCAGAUCAAUUAAACAUUAUUUCAGAAAUUACAGAAAACUUGGAUCUAGCAACAAAAAACUCAUUAACGUUAACAAUUUUAAGGAGUUAAAAAUUUUAUUUAAGAAAGCUAAAGCAGGUAGUUGUAUGUUAUAAAAAGUGACACUGACAUUCUAAAUAGGUGAUCAGAGUAGUUAAUGUUGUUAUAUAUGGCAUUAUAAAAUUGGUCCUGAUCUUGCUUAAAAACAUAAAGCUUCUGUGUCUACUAUUAACUAUGGAGUGCAUGAUAAUAUCCCUUCUUUUAACUUGGGAAUAUAUUGGCCACCUUGGAUUUAGUGAUUUAAAUAGAACUGUAGGAAAAAAAAAAAAAAAAGCAAAAAAAAAGCAAGUGGUGUCUUAUGAAGGUUUGGUAGUUUUUUGUUUGUUUUGUUAUGGGGUAUUGGGGAAGGGGAUGGGGUUUUAUGUUUUGUAUAAAAAAUAAACAAAAGUUUUCUCAUACAUUAUACUUAUAUUGUAAUUGCAAAAUUCAAGAGGUUGUGCCACCGGGCUACUUGUGGUAUAUUUUAAGUGAGCAAACCUGUGGCAAUGAUUAGAUCAUUUGAGCAUAGUCUGAAAAAAUAUAUAUUCAGCAUGCUAAUGCAAGCUUUAUAUGAAUCAUCUAACAGCACUGCAGUGUAACAGUUUUUGCAAAAACAUUUCCUUUUUAAAUGACAUAGCUGUUCCCACUUGCAAUAUAUUCUGUUGUUGUUUUAAUUGGUGGUUUCCAGUAUGGGUUAUAGCGCUUGAGUCCAGAAGUUUGUGCCAAUAACAUGAAACUGAAAGCAAACACAAGACACAAACCCUUUUACUUUAUGUGAUAUGUGAUUUCAUUGAAUGUCUUAAAUGGGGUAGGAGGGAAGGAAAACAUUUUGGGAACCUGAGUAUUUUAGGUGUUUGUUAGCACAAGAAAGCUGUAAUAUGUGUUUUACAAAUCCUUAAACUUGCUUUUUCACUAAGUAACUGGCACUGUAAUGACAUAUAUAGGAUGAUGUAGCUAUAAGGGCAGUUUACUUCUUAUCAUUUAGACUCUUUUGAUUGUCAAAGUAUAUGAAAUGUCAUUUUCAAUUAUACUGCCACAUGAUUGUGAAACACUUUUUUAAGUUUGAAAGUUGAGAAGAGACUUAAUGCUGGCUAUCAGUCAGAACUGACUACAUAAUUUGCAAAAACUUGAAAUGGGAGGAAACGGUCUGCAUAUGAAGACAUUGCUAGACUCCCAGCCUUUGGUUAUAAAAUGCAAAAGAUUUUCAGAUUUCUCAAACUAACGUCCCUUGCCUAGUUAUGCAUUCUUCACAAAACAAUGAAAUAACAAGAGAAAACAUGAAACCAACAUGAAAAAAAAAUAAAAUUUAUCCAAAUUAUUUUAUGUGCUGCUGUUCCUGGAGUGCUGUUCAUGGUUACUGCAUACUAGUCUAUUAAAAAACUAAUGAAGUGCGCACCAUAUAUUAACAAGAGCUACAAAUGACCUACCUCUAGUUAAGAAACCAAUAAAGUAAAUACGUUUUGGAGAUAAUGUCUCAACUUAGAAAAUUAAAAUAGCAUGUUGUUAAUUAUUAAUGACUAUUUUAGACAUUCAUGCUUUUGUAAAUACAGUCCUUUUGACAUAAACACCUAAGGUCAUCUGUCCCUGUCCAAUUUGUUAGUUUAGCAGAGAUCUUGCAAAACCAUAUGUUUUGGUUUAAUAAGAAGAAGCACCGAUAUCUCCUCUUUUUUUUUUUUCUUUUAUUUAUCCAUAAUAUUUUGAGUUGUAUCAAUUAAAGCAGACACUUACAUGUAAUCAGUAAUCUAUUGAGAGUCUUUAUUUAACUAGUUAAAUGUUUAUUACUGUAACUUUCACUCAGUCUUUUUCACAGUAGCCAUGCUGCAGGAAAGAAAGGAACAGAGGAAUUAUUUGGGCAAAGUUAAUGUUGAAGAUAGCGUCAAAAAUACAAGAGAAUUCAGACAGAUCAAUCUUACUGUAAAGCUGUUGUUUAUUAUUUCUCUCAAAAGAUUGUCUAAGCUGAAGUCUAUUUCUGGAUUCCUCAUUUACCAUACUGAAGAAAAUCCUUAUUUGACCAUUAUAUUUGUGGGGGUUAUGAGAGACAUUUUUAAACUUGCAGUGUUUUAAAAAAAUAAAGAUAUUUGCUGUUCUUAAA